AUGGACCAAUUCACUAAUAUGUACAGGAAUGUUGAGGUCCAAUUAGGGCAAAUUGCAAACACAGUUAACAAUCGCAACCAAGGAAAUUUACCUAGUAAGGCUGAGGUGAACCCAAGGGAGCAUGCGAAGGCUAUAACACUCCGUAGUGGUAAGGAAGUAGGUGAGCCACCAGUAAUUGAAAAUGAGAGAGAAUGUCAAAGAAGAGAGAACAAGCAGUUGAGUGAGUUAGGAGAGGAUGGCAAGAAAAUUAAGGGGAAAGAAAGGAUGGAGGAAAAUGAGCCGCAAAUAAAAGAAAUAACACCAAUUCCUCCACCAGCGCCAUUCCCUCAAAGAUUGAAACCUUCAAGAAAUGACAAAGAAUUUGAAAAGUUUGUCAAUAUUGUCAAGCAAUUACAUAUUAAUAUACCUUUUGUUGAUACUAUUUUGCAGAUUCCUUCAUACGCAAAGUUUCUCAAGAAGAUAAUGACUAAGAAAAGAAAGUUAGUAGAUAGUGAGAUAAUUGCAUUAACGGAAGAAUGUAAUGUCAUCCUACAAAAUAAAUUGCCACCAAAGUUGAAAGAUCCAAGGAGUUUCACAGUCCCUUGCACUAUUGGCAAUGUGGAAUUUUCUAAAGCACUUUGUGACCUUGGUGCAAGUGUUUCAUUGAUCCCUUUAACUGUGGUUAGGCAAUUGGAGUUGAAAGAGUUAAAGCGUACUAACAUUUCCUUGCAAUUGGCUGACAAGUCUAUUAGACAUCCAAUGGACAUACUGGAGAAUGUGCUCAUUAAAGUGCAGAAAUUCAUUAUUCCUAUUGAUUUUGUUGUUUUAGACAUGGAGGAAGAUGUAAAUGCACCUAUUAUACUUGGUAGACCAUUUCUAACCACUGCAGGUACAAUAAUAGAUGUCAAACGAGGUAAGUUCAAGUUCCAAAUCGAUGAAGAGGAAGUGGAAUUUGAUUUGAGUAAAGUGGAGAAGUGUCCCUCUUUUACUGACCAUGUUCAUUCGGUUGACAUAUGUGAUGAAUUGGCAUUAGAGAUGAGUCAAGUUAAUCUUGAUGAUGACUCUCUUGAACUUUGUCUUAAUGGUGUAGGCUUACAAGAGAAACAAGUUGAAAAAAUGAUUGAAUUUUUGCAGGCACAAGUUCCUUACAAAAGGAGAAAUGCAUAUGAGGAGUUAGGACUGAGUAAAGGGCUACCUUCACCAUCAUGUGAGCAAGCACCACAACUUAAAUUUAAGCCACUACCUAAACACCUCAAAUAUGCAUUUUUAAGAGAAAAAGAGACAUUGUCGGUAAUUGUCAAUGCAGCAUUAGAUGAGGAACAACUAAACAACCUCUUACGUGUUCUGAGAAAACAUUUAAAGGCUAUAGGAUGGACAAUUUCUGAUAUCAAAGGAAUUAGUCCAACUAUUUGUAUGCACAGGAUUUUGUUGGAAGAAAACUCUAAACCAGUAGUUAAGACUCAAAGAAGGUUAAAUCCAAAUAUGAAAGAAGUGAAAUGUGAAGAAACAAACCUUGUACUCAAUGGAAAAAAAUGUCACUUCAUGAUUUGUGAAGGUAUUAUACUAGAUCACAAAAUUUCUUCAGAAGGUAUUGAGGUAGAUCAAGCCAAGAUAGAGGUUAUUGAGAGAAUGCCUCCACCAAUCAAUGUGAAAAGCAUUCGCAACUUUCUUGGAUACGUGGGAUUUUAUCGGCGAUUUAUUAAGGAUUUCUCAAAAACUGUUAAACCUUUAUGUGAAUUACUUACAAAAGAUGUUCCUUUUCACUUUAAUGAUGAGUGUUUACUUGCUUUUAAUAAGUUGAAGAAGGAACUUGUCUCCGCACCUAUAAUAGCAUCACUGGAUUGGAACUUGCCAUUCGAAUUAAUGUGUGAUGCAAGUGAUUUUGCAGUUGGGGCUGUUUUUGGGCAAAAAUAUGAUAAGCGACUUCAUGUCAUUUAUUAUGCAAGUAAAAUGUUAAAUGAAACCCAAGUUAACUAUGCAACAACAGAGAAGGAGUUGCUAGCAGUGAUUUUUGCAUUGGAUAAGUUUAAAUCGUAUUUAGUAGGAUCCAAAGUUAUCAUUUAUACCGAUCAUGCAGCACUCAAAUAUUUGUUAAAAAAGAAAGAUGCAAAACCUCGACUAAUUCGAUGGAUUUUAUUACUGCAGGAAUUUGAUUUGGCGAUCAAAGAUAAAAAAGGAUUCGAGAACUUAGUUGCUGAUCAUCUUUCUAGACUGGAAAAUAUGCCUCAAGAAGACCAUUCAUCCAUUAAAGAAGAAUUUUCAGAUGAGUUUUUAAUGACAAUUUAUAAGUCACCAUGGUUUGGAGUCCCAAAGGCAAUAAUAAGCGAUGAAGGUACUAUGGUUCGCACAAGGAGGGCUCGUAUUCGUACUUUUACACCAUCUUCAAGUGAGGAGCGCACUCCCUCACAUGAAGAGUCGCCUGAGGAAGAAUCUCCUUCGCCUGAGCCACCACCUCGGUCUCGCUGGAAGACCGCGUCCACUAGUCGCGACGAGCCGCUUCCAGAUUAUGACACCACUAGAUUCACAUCACUCGAGAAUCAACAGUGGUACGAAGCAGGCUUAGAUAAGGAAACUAUUAUUGAAAAGAACCUGACACCGGAGGUGGAUGCGCACUACCACAUCUCUACGGCAUUCAAGAGACUCAGAUGGGAGAACAUCUUUCAAUUGCCCAAGCACUACUACCCCAAUCUGGUUCAGGAGUUCUACGCCAAUGUGGAAAACAAAUAG